UUUCAGGUUCCACCAAAGCUCUUCUAGCCAGUUGAAAUUGGCACUUUUGUGUUCCGAUGAGAACGGGGUAAACUUAGAGUUGGACUUGGCAGGCGCAUCAUCACCAAUGCUUCCGCAGUCAGUUUCGAGAUCAAGAGGCAAGGACUUCAGGAGCAAGAAGUGGAAGGGGGACUCUCAUGAUGUUUCAUUGAAUAAGAUUGUGUCGAUGAAGAUUGUGAAGGGGGAGUCUUCAAGGUCUGGUGAGGGAAUUAAACCUAAGCUAAGCUUUAUAAAUUCGAAAGGGACAGCUAGCUCGAAAACAAGUUCGGUCUCCCUAAUAACUGAGAGUGGCAGAGGAAAAAAUGACAAAUCUGUGACUACCCGAGGAGGUCUGGAAAGAAGUUCGAGUCCUGUGGCAGAUAAAUCAGGAGGAACUAAUACUAGAAGCACAUUUACCUCCGAGAGCAUUCAACCACUGCAGCAGCAGCAGUUCUUUGAGGUAUCAAGUCGAGGUUUCGGUCAAACAAGUGAGCUGUUAACCUCUGUGAGGAUUAGUCUAAGGAAAAGUUGUAUUACAAGACCAGCAUCAAGGGUGGAGGUUAAUGCUGCUGAUAGGAGUCAAAGGAUAGAAUCAAGAGACAGUAAAUCUUCCUCCGGCAAGUCUAGCGUGGGAUCUUCAUAUUCUGGUUAUGAAGCUAAAAGGUCAACCGUUUCAUGGAUAAAGAGGAAAGAACAAACCCCAGAUAGCAGAAAUGCAGCACGAAUGACUGAAGCUUCCAAAAACAAAGUGAAACCUUCUAAUAUGCACAAUAAAUCGAACCUUAGAGGUAAGGAAGGAAGCCGUGAUUCUAGGACAGGCGGACUAGUAACCGUUACAAAGCAAACUUGGGAGGAAGCCAUAAACUCAAAGGCUAGUUCUCAGACUCACCGUCCCAAACUGUCAUUACUCAACAAAAUCAAUGAACAAAAGUCACUCGCUGGUUCUACAAAAGCUAGAGAGAAGUUGCAAGUCGGCAACAAAGUGGUGGGUUUUGGGAAAGAAAAUAAUACAGGUGAAAUUCAUCUGAGCCAGAAAUGCAAUGGAAAAGGUAAGGCUGCUGAAGGCAUGGCUGCGAGUAGAAAAGGGCCAAACCAGAGUACAUCUGCAAAGGGUGGAAAAACCGAGACGGUUGCUCCCAAGGGAAGAGUUGGUAAUCAAAGGAGAGGGGAAAACUCCACUGGUUCAAUUCCGAAGGUCCAUUUUCGAUAAGGGAACAAGCCUCUGUAUAUAAUGUCGUCUCUUACUUCUUGUAACCAUAGGAGCAUAUACCACUUUUGUACCACAUUUUGGUGGUAAAUUUUGGUUCUCAUGGCUUGUGUGAAUGUACAUUUUCACUUUCUCUUG